AGCGAAUUCUGAACGGACCUGGGUCCCCCGGACCAGUGAGCGGGGGCCGCGGCACGGCGGCAGCGACAGCAAGCGCCGCUGCUCAGCUGUAGUCCACGCCCCCUUCCCGCCCCAGUGACAGUCUCUGCGGAAAGUCGCGUUUGUGAUUUCUGAAGAGCACCCAGCGGGACGACGGCGGUCCUGCCUGGUCGUUCGGGCCAAGCGACGAGGAAACGGUUUCCUGGCGAACUGCCCACCCCACCCCGCGCCCCUAGGCAGCCCGUACCUUUAGGCCUGAAGAUGCUGAGAUCUAUGUGGAAUUUUCUAAAACGUCAUAAAAAGAAAUGCAUCUUCCUGGGCACAGUCCUCGGAGGAGUAUAUAUCCUGGGAAAAUAUGGACAGAAGAAAAUCAGAGAAAUACAAGAAAGAGAAGCUGCAGAGUAUAUUGCUCAAGCACGACGACAGUAUCAUUUUGAAAGUAACCAGAGGACUUGCAAUAUGACAGUGCUGUCCAUGCUUCCGACCCUGAGAGAGGCCUUAAUGCAACAACUCAAUUCUGAGAGCCUAACCGCUCUGCUAAAAAACAGGCCUUCAAACAAGUUGGAAAUAUGGGAGGAUCUGAAGAUAAUAAGUUUCACAAGAAGUAUUGUAGCAGUAUACAGUACUUGUAUGCUGGUGGUUCUUUUGCGAGUCCAGUUAAACAUAAUUGGUGGAUAUAUUUACCUGGAUAAUGCAGCAGUUGGCAAAAAUGGCACGACAGUUCUUGCUCCUCCAGAUGUCCAACAGCAAUAUUUAUCAAGUAUUCAGCACCUCCUUGGAGAUGGCCUGACAGAAUUGAUCACAGUCAUUAAACAAGCUGUGCAGAAGAUUUUAGGAAGCAUUUCUCUUAAACAUUCUUUGUCCCUUUUGGACUUGGAGCAAAAACUAAAAGAAAUCAGAAAUCUAGUUGAGCAGCAUAAAUCUUCUUCUUGGAUUAAUAAAGAUGGAUCCAAGUCUUUAUUAUGCCAUUAUAUGAUGCCAGAUGAAGAAACUCCAUUAGCAGUUCAGGCCUGCGGGCUUUCUCCUAGAGAUGUUACAACUAUUAAACUACUCAAUGAAACUAGAGACAUGUUGGAAAGUCCAGAUUUUAGUACAGUUUUGAAUACAUGUUUAAACCGAGGGUUUAGCAGACUGCUAGACAAUAUGGCUGAGUUCUUUCGACCUACUGAACAGGACCAACAUAGCAACUCCAUGAGUAGUCUUUCCAGUGUCAGCCUGCCAUUAGCUAAGAUAAUUCCAAUAGUAAAUGGACAGAUCCAUUCAGUUUGCAGUGAAACACCUAGUCAUUUUGUUCAGGAUCUGUUGAUGAUGGAGCAAGUGAAAGACUUUGCUGCUAAUGUGUACGAAGCUUUUAGUACUCCUCAACAACUGGAGAAGUGAUUUCUUUUCCUUCAA